CCCAGGCGCCAUCGACUUCACUGCCAACGAAGAGCCCCCAGCUUCCUACUUGCCAGCUACUCAGCUCACAAGCGUGGGGGGCGGGGGGUACCUGUGCAUCCAGCACCGGACACCUCCACCACAAAGCUUCGCAGGCCCUUGUCGAUCUUAGAAGUUGGCAGCGAACAUUCUCGGUACGUUUAACCCUCUUAUUGGCCCUGAGUGACAGCUCCCCAGCUGCCGCUCUCAGGGACUUGAUACUGAGCCAAGCUCAGAGUUCCGGAAAUCUGUCAGCCGGGGUUGAGCCGUGCUGGUUCGAGGACGGCGAGGCAAGCCAAGGAGGAGGGCCGGUGGCUGCCAGGGACAUGCCGGGGGCGCAGCAGCACGGCACCAAGUCCCCAUGGUGGGAAGGCUGGGUUCUCUGAGGCGCGGGCCAGCACGUAGACUCGGGGGUGUCUCCCCAAUCGUGCCACGCCAAACUGGAAGCUGGUACGGACUCCACAUCCCAGCAUGCACUGCACGCGCCGCAGACUGGCAUUUCGCGUAAAACACCAGCACUCCCGACGUGCCCAGUGCAAGGAGACCACAGCUUCCGACUGACAGGAACGCUGCGGCGUGCUUGUUGAAGUGGCGUCGGCAGGCGCGACUGGCCACGCCCCUCGGCCGGGGCCGCGCUCUCAGAUAAGCGGAGAGAAGCGGGGCGGAGCCUGAGGCCCGGGCCAAGAUGGCGGCUGCGAAGCCAGCCCUCACGGACUCGCUCUCCAUCUGCCUCGCGCAGCUCACGGCGGCGGCCGAGGAGGACCUGGGUGGGGGAAAGGACCCAGCUGCCAACGAGACACCCCUGGGCCGUGCGCUCUUAGCCCUCCGCACGCGCCACAUCAAGGCAGCAGGGGGAAUCGAGCGCUUCCGGGCACGCGGCGGGCUCCGCCCCCUCCUCUCGCUGCUUCGGCGAGCGGCGGCCGCCGACCCCGCCCCGCCCCCGGCAGGCCCAGGCUCCGCCCCCUCGCCGGUCGCCGCGUCAGCAGCUUCUGCUGACCCCGCCCCCUCGGCGGACCCCGCCCCCUCUGUCGUGUCAUCAUCGAUGCCUCCGCCACCAGUACGCCUGCGCAAGACGCUGGACUUGGCUCUCAGCAUCCUAGCCAACUGCUGCACCGAAGGGGCGUGUCGGGCCGAAGUGCGCAGACUCGGAGGCAUUCUCUCUUUGGUGACCAUUCUUCAGUGUGUGAAGGCGGACAGCAUCCAGAACCGAACAGCCCGUGCUUUGGGGAACUUGGCCGUGGAACCUGAGAGCUGUGGAGUCAUCCACUCAGCUGGCGCUGUCCCCCUGCUUGUGGAGAGCCUCACAGCAUGCCAGGACUCACAGUGCCUGCAAAGCGUGGUACGUGCCCUCCGCAACCUGGCAGACUCACCCCAGCACCGCCUGGCGCUUGCCCAGCAAGGAGCAGUACGCCCACUGGCUGAGCUCCUGGCCGCCUCCCCGGAUCCCGCGCUGACCUCGGCCCUUGUCCGGGCCCUCCUGGAACUCAGCCGAGGCUGUUCCCGGGCCUGUGCUGAGCAGCUCAGUCUGGGUGGGGCCCUGGGCCCGUUAGUCAGCCUGGCCUCCCAUCCCAAACGGGCAGUGCGAGAGGCAGCCAUCCUGAUCCUCGCCAACCUAUGCGCCCAGGGCCUGGUGCGGCCUGCACUGGGCAAUGCAGGUGGUGUCGAGGUGCUGCUCAGUGAACUGCGGAGGCGCCGGGGCCCCAAUGGGGCGAGCCCAGCCUCCCAGCAGCCCCUGGUGCGAGCCGUGUGCCUCCUCUGCCGGGAGGCCAUUAACCGUGCUCGGCUGCGGGACGCUGGUGGCUUAGAGCUGUUGAUGGGCUUACUGCGGGACCCUCGUGCCAGCGCCUGGCACCCACGCAUUGUGGCUGCCCUUGUGGGAUUUCUCUAUGAUACUGGAGCCCUAAGUCGGCUCCAGGCUCUGGGGCUGGUGCCUCUCCUGGCUGGGCAGCUGUGUGGUGAGGCUGGCGAUGACGAAGAAGAGGGGACAGAGGCCGCUUCCUGGGACUUCCCUGAGGAGCGGACCCCUGAGCGAGUGGCGGCUGGAAGCCUCCGAAGCCUCCGGUCGUGGCUGAUCUCCGAAGGCUAUGCUACAGACUCUGAAGACAUCUCUCCAGACUGGUCUCCUGAGCGUUGUCCCCUGCCAGAGCCAGUAGAGGCCACCAGCCCCACCCCUGGCCCAGCCUCACUACGGUUACCACGUGCGCUGCGCACCCCGACCCACAGCCCCGCUGGAGCCUCCGCCGAGGAACCUUGGGGACGCGAGGGGCCAGCGCUGCUGCUGCUGUCGCGCUUCUCCCAGGCUCCUGACCCAAGUGGGGCGCUGGUGACGGGACCAGCACUCCGUGGCCUGCUGGCCUAUGUGACAGGUGCACCAGGCCCCCCCAGCCCACGUGCUCUGCGCAUCCUGGCACGUCUAACCUGCAACCCUGCCUGCCUCGAGGCCUUCGUGUGCAGCUAUGGCGCAGCACUACUGCGCGCCUGGCUGGUGCUGGGUGUGGCACCUGAUGACUGGCCUUCUGCCCGGGCCCGACCUGCUCGCCGCAGUCAGCACCGAGAGUUGGGCGAGAUGCUGCUGCAGAACCUAACCGUGCAGGCUGAGUCACCUUUCGGAGUUGGUGCCCUCACCCACCUGCUGCUCUCUGGGAGCCCUGAGGACCGUGUCGCCUGUGCCCUGACCCUGCCCUUCAUCUGUCGGAAGCCUUCUCUGUGGCGCCGGCUGCUCCUAGACCAGGGCGGACUCCGUGUCCUCCUCACAGCGUUGACUCGGCCAGCCCCACACCCGCUCUUCCUCUUCUUUGCUGCGGACUCCCUUUCCUGCCUUCAACGUCUGAUUGCUCCCUCUGUGAACACAGCCCUCCCACCUGCAACCCCCGAAGAUCAAGGCCCACCCUCUCCUUGUCUCUAUGAACCUCUGCUGGGCCCAGCCCCCGUCCCAGCUCCUGACUUGCACUUCCUGUUGGACUCAGGCCUCCAGCUCCCUGCCCAGCGAGCUGCCUCGGCUACUGCCUCCCCUUUCUUCCGGGCCCUGCUGUCCGGCAGCUUUGCCGAAGCCCAGAUGGACCUAGUGCCACUGCGAGGCCUGUCGCCCAGUGCAGCCUGGCCCGUCUUGCAUCAUUUGCAUGGCUGCCGGGGCUGCGGGGCUGCUCUGGGACCUGUGCCCCCACCUGGCCAGCCGCUACUGGGCUCAGAGGCUGAGGAGGCACUGGAGGCUGCCAGCCGCUUCCUGCUGCCUAGCCUGGAGGAGGAGCUGGAGGAGGCCGUGGGUCGCAUCCACCUGGGGCCCCAAGGUGCACCUGAGUCCGUAGGUGAGGUGUUCCGCCUGGGCCGGCCCCGGCUGGCUGCCCACUGUGCACGCUGGACCCUAGGGCCGGGCCAGUGUCCGCGGAAGCGGGCCUUGGCACUAGUGGGGCUUGUGGAGGCAGCUGGUGAGGAAGCAGGGCCCCUGACUGAGGCGUUACUAGCCGUGGUGAUGGGGAUUGAGUCAGGGGCCAAGGGCCCUAGCGUGGAUGGCUGAGGGCCCUUGGGAGGAUGGGGGACCCAAGAAUGAAUUGUCUGCAAAGGAGGCCUCCCUCCAAGUGGCCAGGAAAGAGUCCAAGCAGAAGAGGGAAGAUCUGGAUCCCAGGACGAUGAUCUGAGAUCCAUGAGAAGUCAAGGACAGGCUCUGGGCAUGGGGCCCGGGAGAACAGCCCAAGGCCCUAGGCCCCUGGCCUCGCCCA